AUGGGCAUUUCUAAGAAGGCUGCUUGGUGUACGCAUCCCUCCGAGUCAUCUGAAGCUGCAGGAAACAUUUAAGUCAUCAUUCUCCAAGCAGACGCAAGACACCCGUGAAAGCCAAGUAGUGAGAAACAGCAUAACUGAGCCCCAUUCGGGACAGCCACCUCUUCAGGAAUAACAAAGGAAGAAGACAAAGCCCUGUUUUCAUUCUGAUCUGGCCAGUGCUGGAGACAUACCUGAAAAUUUCAACGUGUGUGCCGUACACAGAGGUUUCCUCCUAAGUUUCUUGUGGCUAGCUUGCUGGGGGAAAUGAAGUGGGAUUGCAUAGUUCCACUCAUGAUUCUCUUAGUUAUUAAGCUAAUAGGCACUUCACUGUUCCUUCUCUAUGCUUCACAGAUCUUCUUCCAAGGAGACCCCAUUCUCACCCCAUCAGGAGUAAAAGAUGGCUGCCCCAUAAGAUGGGUACUUUAUGCUGGCAAAUGCUACUUCUUUUCUGCCGAAGAAAAAACAUGGAAAGACAGCCAGGAGGACUGUGCUCAAUCAAAUGCUCAUCUUGCUGUUGUCAACAACAAAGCAGAAUUGAUGUUCCUGUUCAACAGAACAAACCAUUUUGAGUAUUUCAUUGGCUUAACACAGCAAGGUUCCAAGGGAUUGUGGAGAUGGAUUGACAACAGAGCGUAUGACCCUGACGUAUUGAAUAUCAGAAGUAGAAUUUAUGACUGUGCUGUGCUUGGAUUACACCUUGUCACUUCAGCACCUUGCUCCGUAGUAAACCGCUGGAUUUGUGAGGAGAAGGCAUAGUCGCUCUCCUCUGUAUGGGAGAUUCUCAGCAAUGUGGAAUUAAGACUCUUCACUCUGCUAAGGAACUUUG